GGGGGAGGUCACUCGCGAUGCAGCCUGAGGCGGAGUCCUCCUCUGGGGACUGGAUAAAACACCCCAUGCUCACGUUGGAGACUACUCCGAACACUCGCAACACUCGCUUUUCGUUUGUUUCCUUCAUAUCUCGUCUGUCUGUUUCCUUCUCCACGGCUUGAAGCUCGCUCACUUUUUACUCACUCACUUCACUCACUCACGCUGGUCGACGGGUGCUGGAUUUUCAUUUCGAUUCGCGGAUACCUUCACCUUCAUUAUACUCACCUAUUUAUUCAACAAAGAUGCAUUCGCCGCUCAUGACGAUAUCGUCCCUGCUGCUGCUCCUCCUCGCGGUCUCAGCGUCCGCACAGAACACACAGAACACACAGAACACCGAAGCGGUAGUCGUGACGUCCACCCUCGAGCCCAGCAACACAGCGAUAAUAACCCUCACCUCCACGCUCUCCCUCGCGCCCACCGCCUCGCCUACCUCACCUACCACCGUCACCACCAUCACCCCCGUCACGCCCAUAAUCAGCAACCUAAUCCCAACCAACACCGCGCCCGCAGCGAAAUCGCAACCCCUACCCACAACCGUAAUCGUCGUAGCGGCAGUCGGCGGCACAGGCGUACUCGCGGCGGCAUGCAUGGGAGCGUACUUCUGCUGCUGCAAGCGGCGGCGCAAGGCGGUGAAGGAGCGGAAGGGCAUGCCGCUCGACUCGGGGUUUUUCGUGCCGACGCCUGCGAUGGGGGAGCGGCGGGUUGAGGAGGGUCGGGGAAUGCCCUCGAUGAACCCGCAGAAGAUGGCGGACGAGCAGGAGGACGGGAGGAUGAGGGGGAUGCCGUUUGCGGCUGCGCCUGAACCUGCGCUUGAGACUGGGCUUGGGCUUGCGCAUGCCGGUACUGCCUCGUUCAGUGCGCCGUUCAGUGCGGGAAGGGUAGUCACGCAGCAGGUGGAAUAUACUCCGCCGAGACUGCAGGAGUAUCCUCCACCGCCGCCUCUACAACCGCCGGUGGUGCACACUGGGGGGUAUAGAGGUGUCCAGGCGCCGGUGAGGGGGUAUCGGUCGUGAUGGAUGUAGGUGGCGAUAGUUAGGCAUGGAUUGGGUAUUUGGGAAAAUGGCGUUUGGUUAGAUACUACAUUGUAAAUAUUAUACCAUCUACUGCAUCGGAACUUCACUUCACUUCACGUCACUUCAUACCCUGCCUUAAUCAUUAAUACUCGACUGGGUCAGUGCCAUCCAUGGUCCUUUCCUUGGUCUUCGCC